ACAAGAAUUCAGCAGUCCACAUUAUCAGAGAGAAACAAAUCCUGCUCUGUUGAAGGAAAGAAUGGCCUCCUGUUCUGAGUCCUCUCCUGCUCCUAGUGUUCACUUUCCUACACUUCUAAUUUACUUUCAUAAGCACAUCAAGAAACCACCAAGCCACAAAGAGGAAGGCAUCACAAUGUUGAACCCAGAAGAGAUAAAAUGUGAGGAUGUCGCAUCUGAAAUCUCCAAUACUCAAACAUCAUCUGCCACACUCCGCACCAACCCACCACCCAGCAUCACACAUGAUGAAGAAAGAGUGGCCUCCUGUUCUGGGUCCUCUCCUGCUCCUAGUGUUCACUUUCCUAAACUUUUAAUUUACAUCCGCAAGCACAGCAAGAAACCACCAAGCCACCAAAAGGAAGGCAUCACUAUGCUGAAGCAAGAAGAGAUUAAAUGUGAGGAUGUGUUGUCUGAAAACUCCAGUACUCAAACACCUGCUACACUCCUCACCAACACAUCACCCAAACCAACACAUGAUGAGGAAAGAACAGCUUCCACUUCUGUGUCCUCUCCUGCUCCUAGCGUUCACUUACCUAAAGUUUUAAUGUACUUACCCAAGCCCAUCAAGAAGCCACCAAGUCACCAGGAGGAAAGCAUCACAAUGUUAAAGCCAGAAGAGAUUAAACGUGAGGAUGUGGUGUCUGAAAUCAACAGUACUCAAACAUCUUCUGCUACACUCUGCACCAACUCAUCACCAAGACGAACACAAAAAAAUAGAGGCAAUCGAAAAAUUCACCAAUGCUUAGAGUGUGGAAAGAGUUUUACCACACCAAGUCUUCUCCAAAUCCACCAGCGCAUUCACACAGGAGAGAGACCGUAUCCCUGCUUAUGGUGUGAGAAGAGUUUUACCAAAUUAACCAAUCUGAAAAAACACCAGCGCAUUCACACAGGGGAAAAACCAUAUGACUGUUUAGAGUGUGGGAAGAGUUUUAGGGAGCGUGGUUUCCUCAAAACACACCAGCGCAUUCACACAGGAGAGAAACCAUAUUACUGCUCGGAGUGUGGGAAAAGCUUUAGAGAGAAUGGUGCCCUCAGAAUACAUCAGCGCAUUCACACGGGAGAGAAACCGUAUUACUGCUCAGAGUGUGGGAAGAGCUUCAGAGAGAGUGGUUGCCUCAAAACACACCAGCGCAUUCACACAGGAGAGAAACCGUAUCAGUGCUCAGAGUGUGGGAAGAGCUUUAGAGAGAGUAGUACCCUCAAGGCACAUCAGCGCAUUCACACAGGAGAGAAACCGUAUUACUGCUCAGAGUGUGGGAUGAGCUUUAGAGAAAGUAGUACCCUAAAGGCACACCAGCGCAUUCACAUAGGAGAGAAACCGUAUCAGUGCUCGGAAUGUGAUAUGAGUUUCAGUAGACCGAAUAAUCUUGAAAGACACCUGCGCAUUCAUGCAGGAGAAAAGUUGUAACACUGCAUAUACUGUGGGGUGAGCUUUAGACAUUUAAAUUUAAAGACGCACAAAUGCUUUAAGAGGAUGCAAUAUAAUAUAGAAUUUAAAUCUACCAUUUUUCAAAAUGUAAAGAAAUGAAGCAGGAUUUUCCCCAUUUUUAUUACAUUAGUGUACAGUAGACAUAUCAACAAUUAGUAGCAUUUAUACUCUUUUAAACAAAGAUACGUUUCAAUAAGAUAAAACUUCUUGUUACUUCUUGUACAGUACUAUGCAAAAAUCAAAGAUCACUAAUGGCCAUUAAGUGAAAGUUAUUCAUUUUUCAGUGGCAGGGGAAAAACAAAUAACACAUUUAACAGAAAACUAUGCAAGGUCUCAACAAUUACAUAUCUUUUUUUCCAGUGUUUAGUGUGUUCAUUUUUUUCCUUUGUUACAACUUUACUUUUUUCAGGAGACUUGCUUUUAGUUUUUCAAAGAAAUCUACAGAUAUAUUUUUCCAUACCUCCAAAAUUCAAUCCGUGAAGUUGCAUUUUCUCCUUCACAAUCCCAAGUAAAUCUCAAAAAAAUUCAAUGUUUUUGAGGGCCGGAGCAAGAGUAGAGCUUGACUUUUCUCCCCAUUCUCUAAUGAAAGCUUGAAGUACUGUUUAUCUGAUGGUGACAGUAUUGGUGGUCUACCUGGGGUCAUAUUCACAAAGCUUCUCAAAGCAAGAGCGCUGAUCUAGGAUCAGAUUCCACUUUAAUUUACUAUGACUUCACGGAAAGCUUCACAGAUCAGAACUCCUAUUCUGAUAAGGUUUGUGAAUACGGGCCUUGGUCUUCCAUGGUUCGAGUCUCAUUUUUAUCUGUACCUUUUAAUAAACUGUUAUCUGUAUUUUGAAAACUUGUUUUUUUCUUUUCCCUUCCUUAUGCAAGUGCAUUUAUUUAAAUCUAAUUUCCUCAGAAUUAUUGUAUAGGAAUGAAUAGAAUAAAAAAAAAAAUUACUUAAUGGCCAUUUUGACUGGAUAUUGAAUAAAUAAAGUGUGUUCUCUGAUUUUUGCACAGUACUGUAUAUCACCUUGGUUAAUAAUUGAAAAGAAUCUCUGUGGGCUGGCUGAAGUUAUAGCAGUCUUUAUAAUCUUUGUUUCUUCUCCAGUUUUUGGAGAGAGUAGAGUAGAAUCGUCAAUCUAUUAACGUUUCUGUAAUGUGGAUACCUUACCAACCAGAAGGUGUCAGUACCACUGGAAAUGCUAAAAGCAAGCUCUCGUCAAAGAAAAAGGGGUGUGUUCAGUGUCAAAAGAGAUUUCCGAACAAUGCUUCUCUCUCUUGUACUUCUCCUCAUCAUUGGACUUUCUCCUUCUCGCCUUGUAAAAGUGAAGCGAUCAAGUCUCGCAUUUGAAACUAUGGACACACUAGCUUUUUCGUUCAUGCGCACAUUGGCGCUCUCUCACUCAUUCUCUCACUUUCACGUACACACCCGUACCAUCUAAAUAAGCAUUUCACUUGUUCACAGUGAAUAAACUGAUGAUUAUUGUUGAUUAUUUCAUUUGUCUUAAAGUAGAUUGUGUAAAUAAAUGUUUCAUUUGUCAGUG